AUGGGAGGGAAUCGCGAUCCCCAGUCCCCAACUUUCUUUGAACAGAGGUCAAUGCAACCACAGACCAUGGCCCAGACACCGAUAUCUAUGGAUGCGCCGCUGGACGGACUCUCCUCGUUGUCCUCGGCCCAUUUUGCUCUCAUAUACAUCGACGAGAAUGGCAAGCUUCGGUUUGAAGCAUCACCUUCUAUUGCGAGCAACUGCCAGUCGAUUCUGUCUCCUAACGUAACCGAUUCCUUCCUAAGAGCCGUGGCAUUGUCGAAUAAGGGUGACCCCGGCGUGAUAGGAUCUCCGAGAUUGAACCAAGAACAUAUGGGGGGCAGAAGCCCCAUGUCGCCCCAAUCACCCGGCACUAGUAACUUGAGCCGCAAAAACUCAAUGUUUCAAACGCACCAGGACGGUCACCAGGCCAAGAGAAAGCGGGUAUCUCACGAGUGCGUGGUCCCGAUGAGUAUCAACUGUCACCAGAAAACCAUGUUGCCGAUCCGCAACCACGGUCUCCUGCGUAAAUACUACGAGAAGGCAUUCGAGAGCCUGCAGCAGAUCAACUGCCGUAUCCUUGCCAAGGCCUAUAUCAAGCUUGUCGAGCCCCGCAAGCAGGUCAAUUAUCCGUAUAACGGACGCAAGAUCAUCUCGGGCUCCUCGCAGCAAUUUGACCCCGAGCUUACCAAGCCUGCUUGGUGGCCAUCGGGCGUCACCCAUCGGGAGCCUGACCAUCUGCUUAAGGCCGAGAGAAUCCGACUCCUAGUACACAUUCUCUGCGAACUACGCAGCAGUCACGCAAUCUGCGUCGAUAAACUGAGAGAAGCCGACCAAUCCAUCCGCCGCCAGAUCUUACCUAGCGAGCGGUUGCAUGUCCUGGACGAGAUAUACAACGUCCGCGAAGAAGAGGAGGCCUUCCUCGACGGCAGGACAGAUGGACAAGCUGUAGUCUGCGUAUCCCGGGUCAACCUCCCCGACAUAUCCGAAGCCCAAGCCAUGGGCUCACCAGGCUCGACCAUAAAAGCCGAACUCAACCCAGUCUACCGCAAAGAGGUCCCAGACAUGGAAUCCCACACCUCCGUCUUCCCAUCCACAGGGAGCUCCCCGACAAGCGACACAACCAAGCACAGCAUAGCGAGCACCAAGUCCGCCAGCAGUGUGAGCACAACCUGGGACCCAUGUCUCCCACCAUCCCUACCCUCCCUAAGUACGUUGAAGCGUACCCGGCCAAGCGAGAGCUCAUACCCCCUGGAGUUCAACACGAAUAUGUUCCAGCACGAGCCCCCAACCACUGUCUCCAUCGACUCGCACUAUCCGUUGAAGUACUACAGUGAGCCUCACCUGGGCCAUCAACAGCACUCGCAACCUCUCUCUGUGAUGGGGAUGACGGGGCCAGCGGAUAUGGGGUGUGCGAACCCGUACUAUUUCACCAGUUAUUAA